AUGGAAACCAAUUACGUUCAGCAAAUGGGCAGCACCCAUCGUAGUGGUCACAAAAAAGACGGACGUUUGCGGAUAUGCGGUGACUUUAAAGCUGUGAACGCACAGCUCGAGGUAGAUCACUACCCAAUACCCCGCAUUGAAGAACUGUGNUCUUGUACAGUAGUUUUAGAGGUUCAAACACUCGAGGUAGAUCACUACCCAAUACCCCGCAUUGAAGAACUGUGUGGCAAGCUAAGAGGAGGCACAAUCUUCGCCAAAAUUGACCUUUCAGACGCAUACUUGCAAGUGGGUCUGACCGAAGAAGCGAAGCAGCUAAUGGUUGUUAAUACCCUAUUGGGCUUGUUCCAGUAUCAACGCCUGCUGAUGGGAGUGGCCAGCGCUCCGGCCCUUUUUCAGAAGCUAUUGGAACAAGUCAUUGAAGGUAUUCCGAUGUGUAUUAAUUAUCUUGACGAUAUAUUAGUAGCUGGUAAGUCAAUACAAGAGUUAUUGGAAAAUUUGCAAUCAGUAUUCGAGCGACUGCAAGCAUCUGGGUUAAAAUGCCGCAAAUCCAAGUGCACUUUUAUGCAGCGUCGAGUUGAAUAUGUCGGAUUUGUGUUGGAUGCAGCGGGUUGCACGCCGUCUCCAGCUAAGGUUUCAGCUAUAAGUGAAAUGCCGCGGCCUAAAAAUUUUAAGGAACCUACUAACAACAGCAAAGAUUACAAUGGUAUCUUCCCUGUGAUACAUUGCUCUCAACUGCUCAACUUUCUCGAUGAAUUGUGUUGA